CUUUUAAUUAGUCCAGCUAAGUCUGUCGUGAGAGGAAGUGUAGGGAACAGUUUUUAAAAUACACUCGAUUAAAAAAAAACAUUACGAAAUUAUCUGGAAUUUGUUUAAUAUUUAUUGUGUUCAUUGUUUCUUGUGAUACUUGUUUAAGAUGAAUCUGUCAUUUGCUGGUUGCGGAUUUCUCGGUAUUUAUCAUGUGGGGGUCGCUUGUUGUUUUCGCAAAUACGCGCCUCAUUUGCUACUGAAUAAAAUAUCAGGUGCUUCUGCGGGUGCCAUUGCAGCAUGCUGCCUAAUUUGUGAUUUACCUAUAGGUGAAAUGACCAGUGAUGUUCUCAAAGUAGCAAUCGAAGCCCGCAGUCGUUCUCUCGGUGCUUUCUCCCCGUCUUUCAAUAUACACAGGCUUCUUCUGGAAGGCUUAGAAAAAUUUCUACCGGACGACGCGCACGCCCGCGUCAGCGGCAAGCUACACAUUUCUCUGACGAGAGUCCACGACGGAAAAAAUGUUGUGGUAUCUCAAUUUGACAGCAGGGAAGAACUCAUACAAGCCUUACUGGCCUCAGCUUUCAUACCAUUUUUUUCUGGUUUGAUACCUCCUAAGUUCAAAGGUGUUAGGUAUAUGGACGGUGGUUGUAGUGACAAUUUGCCCACUUUAGAUGAAAACACAAUCACAGUCAGUCCUUUUUGUGGGGAAACUGAUAUAUGCCCCAGGGACGACAGUUCGCAGCUGUUUCACAUAAAUAUUGCAAACACCAGUAUAGAAUUAUCGAAACACAACAUAUAUAGGAUGGUCAGAAUACUGUUCCCUCCGAAACCGGAAGUUCUGUCGAACAUGUGCAAGCAGGGCUUCGACGAUGCCCUUAGGUUCUUACAUAGGAACAAUCUCAUAAAUUGUACGAGGUGUCUCGCUGUACAAUCUACGUUUGUAGUGUCGGAGACGAUCGAGGAACCUGUGGAGUACGAUCCGCAAUGCAAAGAAUGCAAAAUACACAGGCAGGAGGCGCUUGUUUCAAACGUGCCCGACAACGUUUUAAAUAAAUUCCAAGAGGCCAUUGAUAAAGCCAACAACGGAUUGAUAAACUGGCUGUUCAAACAUCGAGGGAUGAAGCUGCUCUCCGUGCUCAGUCUUCCGUACACGUUACCCGCCGAUGUCGUGUACGCUACGUUCACCAAGUUGCAAACCAUACCGUCUCUAAAUUCAGGUCAUAGGUUGAUUUAUAGGAAGUUAGCCGAUUUCGAUUUUCUAAGUAUUAAUGGUACUAACAUUGAGACGAAAUCGUACAAGUUUAACUUGCUAGGUAACGCCAUCCUUCAGUCCCCCAAUGCAUGCCAUCAACAUUUUAUUAUGCAGAAGAGGUUUAUGGUAGCCGCACCCCAAGUCGGUAACGGAGCCUGGGAACUGAGCAAAUUCUUUAUGGAUAAGGUCUCGUAUGUGCUCAACAAAGUCAACAGGAAGAGGCAACAAAUCAGCGCCAAAAUUACGUGUCAACUGGCAAUUACGGAGUACGGAGGAAAUAAAUAUGAUGUCGAGGCUUGCCAGAAUGUAACCAGCGAAAACAAAGUGAACUUGAACUUUACUCUCAACUUAGAUGACAGUGAUCUGCCUCUGUGUCAAAGUCCAGAGCGAAAAUUCAAAACGAAAGAAAUCCUCCAAAGGAAACCUAGCUUGACGAUUAACAGAAGCGACACCAUGGAUGACGAUACGUUCGAGCACAUCCUCCAAGUUACGUCACAACAUGAGACCAUCAUGGCUUACUAUUAUUUGGAUGAAAAUAAUAAGGUUAAAGUCACGGAAAUAUUUGACGUAACCGACAGCGAUUCUCCGAUCGUUCAAACUUCACAUGAGCGAGACGUCAACAAAAAUUUGGAGUUUGACGAUGACUGGGACGAAUCUUCGUGGCAAGCGCAGCAAACAAUUGACGAUCAUAUGUCGGAAUACGUAUUGGAAGACAUACUCGACAGUGACUCUUGCAACAUUUUCUCGGACCCAGAAAGCGAGUGGACGGGCACGUGUAAAGUCGAAGAGCCUGAAGAUGAACUGUAUUCUACCGACCGAACCGACUUGCGUCCCGAAUCGGACCAGCCCAACCAACCUAGCAGGGAAUACAUCUUAAACAACCAUAAAGUGGCGCCAUUAACUUUUCAGGGAAUAAACACAUAGUUUUAUGAAUAAAAAUGUACGAUUCGCUACAUCUAAAAGAAUUCUUAUGAAGGAAUUGAGUGGGAAGGAAAAGUUUUAAUUUAUUAGUGUUUCUACCAAAAAGAUCUAUUUUUGAACUUGUUAAACAAUUCGAUUACUGUAUAUAUUUGUAAUUUUAAAGGAGAGUAUAAACAAUUACUUGCCAUUACCAAAUACAUUUAAUUUAUAUUUUGUUUUGUAAUUUAAGGAAAUUGAGAUUAGAGGUGUAACGUAAGGAGCUAAACUAAAUGUGAUAUAGUUUUAUAUAUUUUUAUACCAUAAAACUGAUGUAUUUAAGUAUUAAAUGACUAUUUCCGAUUUAAGAUAUUUAUAAAUAUAUUUAAAGUAUUGUUAUUGAAGAAAAUAUAUUUUAUAUUAACUGUUAAUUUUA